GCCUCGAAAAAUUAGACCGGGAAAAAAAAGAAAAGAAAGAAGAGAGGGUUGGAAGAAAAAAACCACAAUUGUCUGUGGAAUUGAUGGAGGAAAACAUCAGACAACUUGAAAACACAUUGAAAGAAGAAAGAAGAAAGAUCGAAGAGUAUAGAAGAUUGAAAGAACAGCAAGAAGAAGAAGAGAAAGUAGUGGAAGAAUCGAGGCAAAGGUUUCACUACGAAGAAGCAAGAAGUGAGGUUGCAUCUAUUCUCCAGUCUAUCAUGGUCUACCUCAUGCAUCUUGAAAAGAAGAUUGAAAAGAACACCGCCGCAGUUGAGUCCAUGACCAAAAUGAUGAAAGGGAAAGACAAGGUGGUGUAUGAGGAGGUGGCCAAGAGGGAAGAAGAUAAGAAACCCCAGGAGAAACUAAUGAAGGAUGCAAUGAAACGGGUCACGCCCGAGAAACCGGAAGGAUCCAAGAAAGAACCUGAGAAGCCGGAUGAGAAGAAAGAAGAACCCACCAGAAAGAAAGAAGAACCGGCGAAAGAAGCGGAAAAGCCUAAGAAGAAGGAAAAGGUGAAAAUGAAGUUACCAUUCACCUACAGUAACAAGAAGGAUGAAAACUUGUUGCUGUGGAUUGUCGAAAUCCAGACUUACUGUAGUACCGCACCCAUGGAACCCGAGAGUCAGGUUGCUUUCUCAACGUCUUGUUUAGGAGGAGUGGCCAAGGAAUGGGUGCUGGCCGAGGCCAAUGCCGCUGGCUUUGAGGAUAUUGGUGAGUGGGCAAAGACCCUGACGUUGAGGCAAUUUCUCCAAAAGAUAAAGGAGAGGUUCCUUGACAAAACGACGGCCGACAAGGCUUUUGACGAGCUCACCACCAUUAGCCAGAAACGUYGGACUUYUGUCGAUGCGUUGUCUCGUGAAGUUGAUCGUCUGUUGCAGGUACCUGGAUUGAAUUUGCAGGAUAACCAGGUCCUAUACAUUUACUCACGAGCGUUGCCCGAGCCUAUUCGUGGACAGCUCGUGGCCGAAUCGAAAUCUGGUAAGUAUAAUUAUCGGCAGUUCCGUGACCUUGCUCUUCAGAGAAAGCAGAUGACCGCACAGGUCAAAGGUUCGUACGCUUCGGUUGUUAAGUCAGGACCGGUUGGUGGGUACGGCAAGCGGGUCCUUUGGCGGCAAAAGCGCCAGGACCAUAUGCUUGUGCAGUUCGACGACGAAACAGUAGAGAAGUUACCUCUUGAUGAGUCUGAGGGAGGAGGAGGUAACGGCGGCAGUGAAUCUGGGAAGGGUGAUGUCACUGCCGUAAUGGCCAACAGGGGAGGCCAAAACCAGUGGAAGAAGAAGAAGAGGCCACGCUCGUUUCCCGAGCAUCCCGACAUUGCGUUCGGGAGACCUUGGGAAAAGAUGAACAUGAGUAGGGAGGAAUGGCAGUCCAAGAUGGACAACCGCCAGUGCCUCAAGUGUGGCACGUGGGGCAUGUGAUCGCUUGGUGCCCACUUAUCCGUAACCCAAAAGCGAGCAGCCAGUAGGAGUAGCAUCUGCUCCUACUGAGUCGAAGGGUAUAGACGAAG